UGCCUUGGCUUCAGAUCGGUCAAUCCGCUAACCUUCCCCCCUACCAAUUAACCUGAAAUUCUUCCCUCCCGCACAAAGUACAAACAAGCGACAGAAAAUCCGACGACUUCGUUUCUGUUGCUUUGACCUCUUUCCUGCUACUGUGAUAAGAAUCCCUAUAAUAACAAGUAUAUCUUACGAGUAAGCCCAUCGCUGUCCUGUUUCUUCUUGAUCCUGUCGUUCUUGUUGAUACAACAAAGAGAAUAUUGGAGCUCACCCACAAUUUUCUAGAAGGGAUACCAUAAGCUCCCGACACUCCGAACAGAACACCUAACACGCCCGAUCUCUUUCGCUACCAAACCUACCUGCAACAACAACAAUCAUUCGCGAUGGCAGACUCUGCAACUGACCCAGCUGCCAAUGGCAAUUCUGUUAACUCUCUGAAAGGCAAUGCCCAAGCUGCUUUCAAUCAACUCUCAUCUGGCCCUGUUGCCCAAAAUGUCAAAGAUCAGGGUGCGAAGACAACUGCCGAGUUCUCCAACCUAGCCAACGCCCGGCAAACACCUACGCAACCUGCUGCCACUGGUCAGCCACUGACUCAUUAUCAUUCGUUCUUCUCGGAGCUGCUGUCGUGGAACAAUCCCCGAGCAUCCGCCAUCGCCUAUGCUUCCGUUGUCUCGUUGAUCUUCGUGGCUAGAUACCUCGACCUCAUCCGAUACACCUUCAAGCUCACUUAUCUGGCUUUGGGCGUCACCGUCCUUGCCGAAGCUGCCGGAAAGGCCACCAUUGGUACUGGUCUUGCUACUCAGCUACGACCUCGCAAGUACUACACCGUCCCAAGGGAAACGCUCGACUCUUUGAUUGGCGAUUUCCACGAGCUCAUCAACUUCUUUGUUAUCGAGUCGCAACGAGUCUUCUUCGCCGAGAAUGUCUCCGUAUCCGCUGUUGCUGCCCUCGGAGCAUUCUUGUCAUACUACCUUGUUAAGAUCGUCCCUUACUGGGGUCUUGCCUUAAUCUCCACCACCCUCCUAUUUUUCGUACCCCUGAUUUACACCACGAACCAGGAGCUCAUCGACCACUACCUUAAGCAGGCCUCCGAUGUUGUGGAGAGCCAAACCGUACAACUCCGCCAGGUUGCCAGCAAACACACAUCCCAGGCGACGGAAAUCACCAAGCAAUACAUGGGUGACUACACUGCCAAGGCCCAACAGAUGCUUCGUGGUCGAUCUGCCUCCCCCGAGGCCGCGUCGAAGCCGGCCCAGUCCAACCUCAAGGAGUCUGACUUUCCUAAGGCUCCUAAGGAGGACCUAAAGGGUCACCAGGAGGAGGAAUCUUCCGAGGAAGAAUCCGAGGAGGAGCCUCUGAUCUCCGCCUAGACGAGUACGAGGCAACAUGUCCGACAACAAUUCCCUCCUCAGUACAUAAUGUAUACCUAUCCCAAUUCGCGAGACCCGACUGGUAUGGCACGACAAUUUAUUAUGACUCAUGGCAUAGAAAGAUACGAGACAUUGCGAAAUUUCGAAGCUUCCUCGACGGGGGCUAAAUAUUUUUUUUUAUCGUCUACGACUUUCCUUAACUAUGAGCAUGAGCCACUAGGCGGAAUUGGAACUUGGUUCUGGCGUGGGAGUAACGGUUUCACUACCUAAAGGAGACGUCUUCGACUUUUGGCGACGAAUAACAAACACACUUUGUAGUUAGUAAUCACGCGAGCUCAAGGUGGUGGCAAUUCUGCAUCGACCCGGGGAGGAAUUAAAUUGUCUCUGACGGCGUUGGAAUGAAAUGUUUGACGGGUUUAAGACUACCGACAAGAGGGGGGCUUUGGGGGAGUCGCAGGUUUAUUAGUGAAUGAGAAUGGCUUUUGCAGUAGCAGUAGCACGAUGUUAGGGUCGUGAUGUGAUGAUGUCAAGGGGAGGACGAUUGCGCUUAGUAAGAUAGUAAUUUUGAUGCUUUCCAUUCUAA